CGGCGGGAGGAGCGCCGAGUAGUCGAGCGCCGUAUGAAUGGCGGCGGGAGCGCCGAGAAUGGACUGGGAGUGAUCGGGACUGACCGCCCGGACCGACCAGGACGAACCGGGACUGACCGCCGGGCCGAAGGGGAGGAUGCGUGGCCAGUUUGCUUCUCCUGCCCAGCUAGGGCCCCAGGCUUUACUUGAUCCAUGUGGGAUUGCUGCGGGCAUUACCAGGAGCCCGGAGUGCUUCUCCAGCCUGUCCUUACCUUGUGUUUAUCGUGGCUGGCAGGAGGAACAGAGACUCUGGCCUUGGGGACGGACACACAUCCGCAGAAAUGCUCCCUCCAGCCAGGCAUUCCUCCUGCAUAUCACAGAAAGGGACCAGGCUGCUCAUUGAGGAGGCCAAGGGUAUAAUUUGGAAUAAAUGAACCAACGUAGCCGUGUGCAUGGCACAGAACUGCUGAUGCUACACCCGGACGGGGCGGGCAGAUAUUAAAGUCUGGGUGUCUCCGGUGCUGGUUUAACCCCGCGGAGCUGCAGGCAGCGCUGUCUGUGUGCGCACUGGAGAUGCAAUUUCAACACCCCGACUGCUCCAUCGCAGCGUUUCCCGGAGCUCCCCCGGCACACUCAGCCCAGCGGGCGGAGCCUGCUCGUACCCGGGGACAGAGCCCACAGGAAUUCCUUCCACCGCACGGGGGUUUGCGGGCUGGGCUUUCCCUGUGAGCAGACUUCUUCUGGUGGCACUUAUCUUUAAACUGAUGCACUGAUUGCUCCAGGUCCGGCACUGCUCUGGCACUUUCCUGGCCGGAAUUUUUCCACUCCCAGUGCUGAUCCAGGAGGAACAUCACAGACUCUUGGUGGUAUCUCACAGCAGUGGGGAUGCUGAUAGGAAACUGGAUGAAGCUGUACCAAAGGAUUGUUAUAACUGAGGAGGAGGAGUCACACAAUCCCUUCACACAUGAAAGACUUGGCUUGAGUUAGUCUUCCACCUUUCAGGUAACAAUUUUGUAGACAGAUGUUGUAUCAGAAGCCUUAUAUGACACUUAAAGGCUGAGUUCACAUUCCUGGUAUCUAAUUCAGGUAUAUUGUUCUUCAAAUUCUUCUAAAGGAAGAUAAAGCCAACCGUCCCCAGUUAAAGAAAUCAUUUCUAAAGAAUCUGAAGAAAUUAUUUAGUUUCCAGAAAUACUCAAUUUAUUUAUUUUUGAAAUAGUGGUCUUCAAGUCAUGUUUGUUUUACCACAGUGUCUGUGGCAUUUUUGUCCAAGAACUUUCUCAUAGGGUGGUAUGAAAUGAAAUUUAUUCUCACAGGAAAGUGUUUAACCUAGAAAUUAAUUCCCCAAAGUAUUAAAAAACAUACAAAACCACUUAUCAAAUUAAUUGCAUACACUACACCUUGUUGUGCAUGUGCAUAAUAACUACAGAUCCAUUUUUAGCUUAGUGAAGUUUGUCUUUAAAAAUUACUGAGGGAACUUCACAAGGAAUCCAAAUGCACAGUUGUAGCACUACAAAAUUUAUCACACUGUUGGUAGAAUUUAACAAUCAUAAAUACAUUGUUAAGUAUGUAUUAAGUUCAAUACAUUAUAUUGUAUUGAACACAUUUUAAUUGUGUUUAAUAUAUAUUCGGUGUGUUUAAUGCAUUUUAAGUACCUCUGCCUGAAGAUGCAGACCCAUAACUAAUUUUUAUGGUUUUAAUUGUUUGCAAAAAUACAGGAUUUUCUUUUAUUUUUAUUGGUAAUUCACAGAUUUCAUGGAAUUAUGAAUUUAAUCUAAUGGUAUUUAUCCCUUGUAUCAAACCACACAAAAUAGUGAAACCAAUGGUGUUGUGCACAUCAGAAACUAAAACACAGGACGUAUCCAGUUGCAGAAUGUCAUGUCCUUUUGGUGGCUUUGGAUGCGUCAUUCAUCCCAAAGCACCAUUUCUUUGGUGAGCAAGCUCUAAAACAAGACUUCACGUUCUAAUUUUUGUCAGUGUGGUACUUACAUGGAGUGUGCGAUGCAUUAAACAGGAAUCCCUGUGUUCGACUCUGGAGAGCCACGGGGCGCUUGUGCGGAGAGGGGAGCAGUGUCGGACUCCUGUCACACCGGGAACUGGCCCCUUAUAACACCGGGAACAGCUGCCCCUCACAGCGAGAACUGCCCCCCGUUCCGGCGGGAACAGCUCCUCAUAACACCGGGAACAGCUGCCCCUCACACCGGGAACUACUGUUCCCAUAACACCGGGAACAGCUCCCAUUACACCGGGAGUGGCCGCCCCUCAGUGCAGGAGCAGCCUCCGGGAGCAGCCCUCCGUCACUGCAGGAACAGCCUCCCCUCGCACCGGGAGCAGCCCUCCGUCACUGCAGGAACUGCUCCCUCACACCGGGAGCAGCCCUCCGUCACUGCAGGAACUGCUCCCUCACACCGGGAGCAGCCCUCCGUCACUGCAGGAACAGUCUCCCCUCGCACCGGGAGCAGCCCUCCGUCACUGCAGGAACAGUCUCCCCUCACAACAGGAACAGCCGUCCAUCACUGCAGGAACUGCUCCCUCACACCGGGAGCAGCCGCCCCUCACAAGCAGGUUUAGCAGAGGAGCAGCUGCAGCAGCCUGGAAAUGACCAUGGAGAAGAUCCUGAAGGCAGAGCUGAACACCAACCUCCUGAAGGCACUGGGGAGCUCUGGGGGAGGAUGCAUCAGCCAAGGCCAAACAUAUGAGACAGACAGAGGACGGGUAUUUGUGAAAAUCAACCACAAACCUCAGGCUAGAAAAAUGUUUGAAGGGGAAAUGGCAAGUUUGGAAGCCAUUCAGAAAACCAAUAUUGUGAGAGUGCCUCAGCCCAUCAAGGUGAUUGACCUGCCUGGAGGAGGAGCCAUGUUUGCCAUGGAGUACCUAAAGAUGAAGCACCUCAACAAAUACUCUUCAAAGCUGGGGGAGCAGAUAGCAGAGCUUCAUCUUUAUAACCAGAAACUUGGAGAGAAGCUGAGGACUGAGGGAAGCACAAUUGGAAAAGGAGCUGGUCACUCUGAGGCCCAGUUUGUGGAUAAGUUUGGAUUCCACACAGCCACUUGCUGUGGUUAUAUCCCACAGGUGAAUGAGUGGCAGAGUGACUGGCCAUCCUUCUUCAUCCGUCACCGACUCCAGGCUCAGCUGGAUUUGAUUGAAAAGGAUUAUGGAGACAGGGAAGCCAGAGAACUCUGGUCACAGCUAAAACCAAAGAUUCCUGAAAUGUUCUGUGAUGUGGAAAUUGUUCCUGCUCUCCUGCACGGGGACCUGUGGGCAGGGAAUGUGGCUGAGGAUGACUCUGGGCCAAUUAUAUUUGACCCUGCCUGCUUCUAUGGCCAUUCAGAAUUUGAGCUGGCCAUUGCUGGAAUGUUUGGGGGGUUCAGCAGCUCUUUUUUCUCUGCCUAUCACAGUAAAAUACCAAAAGCUCCAGGAUUUGAGAAACGGAACAAGUUGUAUCAGCUCUUUAAUUACAUGAACCACUGGAACCAUUUUGGGACAGGGUACAGGGGCUCUACCCUAAACAUGAUGAGGAAACUUCUGAAGUAACCAGGCACAUGUGAGAAAUUCUGACAUCAUCCCCUAGGAAUGAGCAGCCCCUGCUCAUCCCAAGUACCACAAACUCAGAACUGGUGGUAAAACACCUGAUAUGGGGAAGGUUUAGUGCACUCACUAACUAAGAGCAAUUUUGUAAUCUUUAACUUGGGCGCUGGAUUCCUCUCUGCUGGAGGAAAGGGCUGCACUGUUUGUCAAGGCUCCACUGGCCUGGAAAGUAGCACGACAGUCAGUCUGCCCUUGCUCUCUCACCUCUGUGCUGUGCUCCCACAGCUCUUCCAUAGCAGCAUCUUCCCAGUCCUGCUGCUGCUCCAGCAGGAGUUUGUUAUGGAGAGCUGCAGUUGUGGGACAGUGGUGCUGGAAGCAAGUUCUUGUGUCUGCCCUUGUUAGUUCUGGUUUAGUUUUCUGUCUGUUCCCAGCCCUUUUCCCAUGAAUAUUUCCAUGGUCUUCUGUUUCCCUUUCCUUUCCUUUUGCCUGUCAAAUGUCCUAAUCCAAAAUUUCAGUCAGAUUCUGUGAAUCUGAAAACGUUCUCUGUUUAAUUUAAUGAGCAGACAAGGCCCUUUGGCUGCAUUUGGCAAACAGAUGUAAUUAAUAAUAUUUAUAAUUUGAAAAACAGAUGUAAUUAAUAAUAUUUCUAAUAUUUAUUUUAAUUUAACGUAAUUUACUCACAUUUGUUUUUUUUCCUUGCUAGAAGAACUGAAAUUCCAGUGGUAUUUUCUACAAUGAUAUUUAGUUCCUUAGAAAUUAACUGUACAGUCAGAAGUAGGUUAUUACCACUCAGAGUUGAUAAUAGGAUUUCAUCAUUUUAGUGUGAUAGUUCAGUGUGUUGUACUACAAUAGUAACACAUUUAAAUAUCUUUGUAAAAAGACAAUAAAAUGUGGGAGGGAGGCUUCGUGGCUGGGUGAGAAGAAGCACCUGUGGCUGCUGGGUUGGUUGGUGCUUGAUGUAUUUUCAAUUUUAGGAAAUGAGUGCAGUGGGCAAAGCUGGUCUGUUGUGCCACCACUGGGUUAUGGAAGGAAUAUCAAAAUGUCAAAUCUGAUGGAUUUUAAGGGGUUUUAUUGUUCCUUACUGCUUUAUUUUUACAGAAAACACAGGCAGUAGGAAUUUGGGGAGAAAAGUAUUCAGCAAAGACACUGGUGCACAAUCUGAGCUAGGGUACAUUAGUGACUCUGGAGGAUUUUAAUGGAAGUAGCAAGAAGAGUAAAAGUGAGUGCAGUCCCACAAAUAUGAAUUAGAAGAUUCGGGUAAGAAUGACCUUAGUGUUCAGACUUCCGAUGGUUGGCAUGACUAAUACUAAAAUAUUAUAUUCAAAAUUGCUCAGAUAUAUUUAGACUUUUCUCAGCUUUAAAUGGUUAUGCUAUAAAGAUAUAAUUAAGUUUAAAAUUUGAUGUUGUAAUUGGUUUAAAACAAUGCACUUUGCUCUCUGUAAAUAUGAUACAAAUAGUGAAAAAUUUUUGCUUCCUUUGAAUCAGGGGAAUCUGUCACAGUUGGUUAUAAAACAACAGAACUAAAGCAGUGGAAAAGAACUAAAACAGUGGAAAAGUGGAACAGUAGAGUUUGGGAUUGUAGCUAAUGGCUGGAAGAUCUAGGUCUGAGCAAAGUGCACUAGUGUUUAUGGAUAUGAACAAACUAACUUGUAUCACACUGGGAACUACUUGUGAACUCAAAUUUCUUCUCAAAUAAAACACUUGCCUUGCAGAA